AUGGCCUGGGAGUUUGGUGAGGCCGGGGGCUUCAUGCUCCGGGAAUUCCAGCCUGAGGAUGCGGACGAGGUGCGGGAAUUGUUCACUGAGGGCAUGAGCGAAUAUGGACCAGCCCUGUGUACCCACGUGCUGCAGCAGCCUUGGGUGAUGCUCACCCUGACCGGAGCCUUCCUGCUACUAGUGGCCAGCUCCCACUCCCUGCUGCUGCCGGUCCUCCUCCUGGCGCUGAUGCUGGCGGCCAGCCACCUGGUGCUGGGCCAAGUCUGGGCUCUCUACAUCCGGCGCUGUCUCUCCCAGGACCUAAAGGAUAUCGGAGAGGCCUACUCGCCGCUGCGCGGCGCCCGCUUCUGGGUGGCUGAGGCUGGGGGCCAGAUUGUGGGGAUGGUAGGAGCACGGCCCGCGGAAGGUCAAGGCGCCUCUGGUGUACUGGUGCUGAAACGCAUGGUUGUGCGCCAAGACUACCGAGGCCGGGGCGUGGGCAAAGCCCUGGGACGGGCAGUGCUGGCCUUUGCUUGUGAGCAGGGCUGCUGUGCGGUGAUGCUAAUUACGCACCGGCUGCAGAAAGAAGCUCGGAACCUUUACCUCAGCCUUGGCUUCCGCCCAGAGGCACCACAGCCGCUUCCUACCUUUUGUGGACGCCUGGCAGCCUUUACACUCACCCGUUACCGCUAUGACCUUGCCCCUGGGGACUAA